AUGCGUUCCGUGGCGUUCGCGCAACGUUAUGCCUCCCCACGUGCCGCGAAAGCGGCUGCGCGAAUCGCCGAGCCCUGAGAAGAGCCCGAAUGGCUCCGGUCCGAAGGGGCACUCGACUGGCUCAAGUCGGCGAAAAACCACCUUAUACGAUGACCUCGACGCAACCGCACACCCCUCGUCCUCGAAACAAUUCACGUCAGUUGCGUCGGGUUUUGAUGAGGAUGAUAGCGACAGCUCUUUGACGUCUCUUUCGGAUCAAGAGUUUGAAGAUGUUCCCGCGGCGAAGCGGCCAAGAAUCGAACAGUCCGACGAUGAAGACGAUAUUGAGUUUGAAGACGUCGAGGCGCCGACCGUGUCCUCAACAGCCGUGCCGACGGUGUCGGGCGACCUCGAACUGACGCUCAACAAGGACACUCGUAUCUCGCUUACGAAUCCUUUUGGCGAGAAGAAAGGUCCUACGAAGCGGGAGCGGAAAGUCCGAAAUGCGACCCACUGCGUGCACGUCAUGUCAUUGCUUUGGCACAACGCAGUGCGGAACUCGUGGCUUUGCGAUGCCGAGCUUCAGGCCAUAAUGGUCUCGCACAUCCCUCCCAGACUCUGGGGCGAAGUUGAGCGCUGGAGACGAAACUCUGGUCUCGUCAAGGCCCUUCCGCCGUCGAAGGCUAAACCACCGCCUAAAGAGCGCGCCAAAGGCCAGGGCAGGCGAAAGGCGCCGUCCGACCGUGAGGCUAGGGACUGGAGCUCGGAGGCAACAAGACUGGAGGACGGUGUCGUGGACAUGAGCCAUGGCGAUCCUCUUUUUCGCCUGAUGCAGACCUUGGUAUCCUGGUGGAAGCAGCGUUUCCGAAUUACCGCACCUGGUUUGCGAAAAUGGGGCUACAUGGACCUAGAGCGGCUGGAUCGACUCACCAAAGGAUUUCAAGAUCGUCCCGAGGACACGGCGCGGUUCGGGGAGAGGAUACUCGAUCUAAAUUCAUUUCGCCAGUGCGCCAUCGACUGCCGUGGAAGUCGUGACGUGGGAGCACAGCUUUUCACGGCGCUUUUGCGGGGAUUAGGCUUGGAAGCGCGCAUGGUUGCUAAUUUGCAGUGCCUCGGGUUUGGGUGGAACAAACUGGAAGAUGCCGAGCCAGAGAAGGACGACAAGACAGCCGAGGAAGUCGUGACAACCAAAGCAUCAAGAAAGUCAAAGGCGAACGGCUCUAGAACCCCGAAAAUGUCACAGGAGGCGGUUUCAGACAAGAAGCGAAAUGUGCGAUCAUCUGACAAAGUCAAGCGGGAAGACUCUGACGACAAGCUUAAGCUGGAAUAUAUGGACACUGAUGACGAAUCAGUUGUGGAGGUGGAGAUCACGCCCAAGAAGACACGGACGUUAAAAAAGUUCGACAACGACUUGGAAUUUCCCCACUACUGGACUGAAGUGCUAUCCCCAGUCACCAAAAAGUAUUUGCCGGUAGAUCCCAUCAAAGCGACCAUUGCAACAAACCGCGACCUGGUUGAGUCAUUCGAACCGCGGGGGGCAAAGGCGGAUAGGGCUCGAGAGAUCAUGGCUUACAUAGUCGGAUAUUCCCCUGACGGGACAGCCAAGGACAUAACAGUGCGAUAUCUUAAGCGGCAAACAAUGCCUGGUCGAACCAAGGGUGUGCGUUUGUCUCCUGACAAGAUCCCGGUCUAUAAUCGUCACGGCAAAGUCAAGCGCUAUGAGUUAUAUGACUGGUUCAAGACCGCUAUGUCGGGGUAUCGACGAGGGGACAGGAAACGACCUAUCACUGAGGUCGAUGAGCAGGAGGACACCACCGAUCUAAAACCUGCCAAACCCGAGAAGAAGGAAGUCAAGGAAGGCCAAGAAACGCUACAAUAUUACAAGCAAUCCAAGGACUUCGUGCUGGAGAGACAUCUCAGGCGAGAAGAAGCUCUCAAGCCUGACGCAGCCCCUGCUAAGAAGUUCACGAACAAGCUUAAAGGCGGCAAAGUCGAGGAGUUGGAUGUUUUCCUACGCGCAGACGUUGUCAAUGUCAAGAGCGCUGAGACAUGGCACAAGCAGGGCCGAGCUCCCAUCCCUGGUGAGCAGCCGCUGAAAAGGGUUCCCUAUCGGGCUGCCACCUUGAAUCGGAAGCGUGUGAUCCUGGAGGCGGAGGCAGCCACCGGUGAAAAGGUGUUGCAGGGACUGUACAGCUUUGAGCAGACCGAUUGGAUCAUACCACCUCCAAUCAAGGAUGGCGUCAUCCCGAAGAAUGAAUAUGGGAAUAUUGAUUUGUUUGCGGAACACAUGUGUCCCAAAGGUGCGGUCCAUGUGCCGUUUCGAGGUGCCAUGCGUGUCUGCAAGAGGCUACAGAUCGACUAUGCUGAGGCUGUCGUCGACUUUGAGUUUGGGCACCGCAUGGCAGUACCUGUGAUACAGGGAGUCGUUAUCGCAGAAGAGCACCGCGACCAAGUCAUGGCUGAGCUGGAAAAGGACGAGGCCGAGCGGCGCCGAAAGGAAGACGAAAAGCGGCGCACCGCGUCAUUGAAACAAUGGCGCAAGUUUAUAAUGGGCCUACGCAUUGUACAACGGAUUCGUCAAGAGUAUGGCGACAUUGACGACAGCGUGUCGGUAUUUGCGCACAAGGGCGGCGUCCCGCUCCACGAGCCGUUGGCGGAGCAUCAUGACGAAGACUUGGCGGGCGGAUUUUUGCCUGAGGGCUACGAGGAGGAUGUCAAUGAAGAUGGUACAAGCCAGCAAAUAUCGAGCUUUUUCCCAGUUGGAGAUGAGGACGGAGAGGAACCGGUAGAUGAUGGACUCAUUAUGGAGGACCACCAGCACGACGUCGGCAGGCCCUCAAACAAAGACCAGGCAUCAGAGGAAGAGCAAGAAAGCAAGACAAAGACGCCGGCUCGAAGACAGCCUGCAAGAGGUCGGCAAAAAGCGGGACGGAAGAUCGUGUCCGAGGACGAAAAUGAGGACGAGUGAUCAAAUGGGUCAACUCAGACGCUGCCAACGACCAAUAAUAGUACAGUAUACAACGCGACGCAUGUUAGGAAACCCAAUAUCACAUAUAGAUGCCACUUAUCCUGUGUGGCUGCAUUGGAGCUGUUACUUUCGGAUGCAUUGUAUUCGUAAUAAAGGUC